GGACCGCCGGGGCGGGGCCGAGCCCGCCCGCGGGGGCACCGCGAUGGCGGCGCUGGUGCGGGCGGCCGGGUGGGCCCUUCUGGGCCGCGGCGCGCCCGCGCGGAGCAUUCACUGCGGGCAAGCCCGGGUUCCCCACGUGAAGGAGCCGCCGCAGCCGAAGCAGGUGGAUCGCUGGACAGAAAAGCGAGCCUUGUUCGGAGUCUACGACAACGUGGGGAUUCUGGGUGACUUCAAGGCCCACCCUAAGGACCUCAUUGUGGGGCCCAGAUGGCUGCGAGGCUGGAAGGGGAAUGAGCUGCAGAGGUGCAUUCGCAAAAAGCAGAUGGUGGGAGAUCGAAUGUUUGUGGAUGACUACCACAAACUCAGCAAGAGGAUCCGGUACUUGUACAGGCGCUUCAAUCGCACCGGGAAGCACCGCUAGGAGCAUCCAUGGGUUUGGCACAUGGAGCGUGGUUUUGUGGCGUCGCACUCUGAAUAAAAUCAGCUUUCCUA